AUGGACAGAAGGUGGAUACAAAACCCGAACAGAUGCGCAGACGAAUACUUGGAUGGAAUCGAGGAUUUUAUUGAGUUUGCACGUAGACACAACCCGGGUGCAACUAGAAUCCGUUGUCCUUGUAGGAGGUGCAACAACACGUUAUGGGAGACAAUUGAAAAUGUUGGAUUUCAUUUAGUAAGGAAUGGAAUGAUUGAGACAUAUAGCAUUUGGAACCUUCACGGGGAACAAUUAGAGCAUGCUUCGUCUUCAAAUGCCACAAGAGUGGACAAUGUUCAACCUAUUGUGGAUGCUAAUGAUGAAGUCAUGGAUAUUAUACAGGAUGUUUUUCCAUUUGCAUCGACCAACAUGAAUCAAGAAGAGCAAGAUGAUGUGCCUACACCAAUAGACAGUGCGGAGUUUGAACAAUAUGAGAAAUUGUUAAAAAAUGCCAACCAAGAGUUAUACCCGGGGUGCGAGAGCUUUUCCGUUCUCACAGCCAUUGUGGAGCUAAUGCACGGAAAAAUAAAGUAUCGUAUGUCGAACCUGUGUUUCGAUUACUUUUUGGGGGUUUUCAAGAGAAUGCUUCCGACGGACAAUUGUUUGCCGAAAGACCAUAAACAGGCGCAGAAGGUGUUGAAUGGUCUUGGAUUGGGUUAUGAAAAAAUCCAUGCUUGCAAAAACAAUUGCAUGUUAUUCUACAAAGAGCAUGAAUCGUUGGAUACAUGUCCUAUAUGCAAUGAGUCGAGGUUCAAGAUGACAUCUCAGAAUAGGACGACUAAGAUCCCACAAAAAGUCAUGCGUUAUUUGCCCCUGAAACCUAGGUUGCAGCGAUUGUAUAUGUCGACGCAUACUGCCACAGACAUGAAAUGGCAUCAGGAAAAACGGGUAGACGAUGAUGUGAUGCGGCAUCCUGCAGAUGGGGAGGCAUGA